CCUGGCCCGUACACCUCUCCCUCUCUUCCCCCUGUCUACUGCCCCCUCCCUACUCCCCUUGGGGGCCGGCCUCCGAGCAUUGUACUCACAUCCGGGGGUUGCGUUUUGCUUUAGUGCUAAGCGUAAUUAACCCGGAAAAAAGGGCCGAGAGACCAGAGAGGGGGAGGGGAGAGGAGGAGGAGGGACAGAGAUACAGAUACAGACAGAGACACUGACAGUUCUAGGGACCGAGAGAGACUGGCCAGGGGAUAGAUAGAUUUGGCCAGUGAGAAGGCAGAAGAGCCAAUUGGCAAACCCCUAUGUGAAGCAGCCGGAGAUCCCCGGGCCCCCUGCGCAGCGGGGGUGAUGUGAGCAGAGCACAGGAAUGCCUUAUGUGGAUCGGCAGAAUCGAAUUUGUGGGUUCUUGGACAUCGAGGACAAUGAAACCAGUGGCAAGUUCCUACGGAGAUACUUUAUCCUGGACACCCAGGCUAACUGCCUCCUCUGGUAUAUGGACAAUCCACAGAACCUGGCAAUUGGAGCAGGAGCUGUUGGAUCUUUGCCAUUGACCUACAUCUCCAAGGUGAAUAUAGCCACUCCAAAACAGAAACCCAAAACUCCAUUUUGCUUUGUCAUCAAUGCCCUUUCUCAGCGUUAUUUCCUACAAGCCAAUGACCAGAAAGACUUGAAGGAUUGGGUAGAGGCACUGAACCAAGCCAGCAAGAUCACAGUACCCAAAGUGGGGAGCCUGCCCCUGGCUACUGAGGUUGCCAAGAGCCCAGCAAUUUCUCAGCCCCUAGAAAAAAAGCUACAGGUGGCAUAUAAGACAGAGAUCAUUGGUGGGGUUGUGGUACACACGCCCAUCAACCAGAAUGGCGGGGAUGGGACAGAUGCAGGUGUGCAAGGCCACCAUGCCAUCCUCCGAAGGUCUCAGAGCUACAUCCCUACUUCAGGCUGCCGAGCCCCAGCAGGACCACCCCUCCUUAAAAGCGGCUAUUGUGUGAAACAGGGGAAUGUGAGAAAGAACUGGAAACGUCGUUUCUUUGCUCUUGAUGAUUUCUCCCUCUCGUACUUCAAGUGUGAACAGGACAGAGAGCCUCUGCGAACCAUCCUUCUGAAAGAUGUACUCAAGACUCAUGAGUGUCUGGUCAAAUCCGGAGAACUCUUAAUGAGAGACAACCUGUUUGAAAUAAUAACAAGCUCCCGGACCUUCUAUAUUCAGGCGGACAGCCCAGAAGACAUGCACAGCUGGAUCAAGGAGAUUGGUGCAGCUGUCCAGGCUCUCAAGUGCCAUCCUAAAGAAAUGUCUUUCUCUAGAUCGGUUUCGUUGUCUCGGCCUGGAAGCUCCAAUUUCUCAGGUGUGUCCAACUCCACUCCAUGCAGAGGACGGCCAGCUGGGGAAGAAAGGAAAGCUCCCUGCAAAGCUCCCUUCAUUGCUUCAUCCUGGCAGCCCUGGACACCUGUCCCACAGGCAGAUGAAAAGCUGCUUCUGGAUGAAGAGACUCCUGGAGGCUCCCCCUUCAUGUCCAGACUUGGGGAAGGUGAUGCCACCAUGCUGUCAAGUUCUCGGGUACGGCAUCGAUCAGAGCCCCAACAGCCCAAAGAGAAACCAUUUAUGUACAACCUGGAUGAUGAGCAUAUACGGACCUCCGAUGUGUAAGCAGGCACAGCCCGGCUAGAGAGGAGGGAAAGGGGCUCAUGUGUCCAGAACCAGGAAGUUUCUUUGUCUUGAGGGACAGCAGUGUAUCAGUCAUACUUCUGUGGAGUUGGCUUAUCUGGAGCCUUCCAGGCAUAGCAGACCUUGAAGUUGGUCUAUAGGACAGUAUGUAUUUAACCUGCUGAAACAAGUUCAACAAGACCAGGGACCAGUGGUACCAUAGCUAUGUUCAGUGAAAAUGGUAGAACUCGUAUCCAGGUCCUAACACCUUGAGUAUUCACUGGACUGUUGGUUCUGUGACCUCUGUGUUGAGAUAUCCUUUCAGCACUCACCAGUUUCCUACUCUGAGAGAAGUAGACUUUGCAAAAGACUAUGGGCUGACUUUACCUCUAACAAAACUUUAUGUCUAUGUGCUUUUUUUUCCCUGCAAAAGAAACUUUACUCAGUCACCCAAUAUUGUUGUUAUUCUUCCUCUGGCCAAGACCUGGCAAUACAAGUUAUAAGUGACGAUACAGGCCAACAAAGGUGAAAACAACUAAUGGGGCCUGCUGAAGGAUCAACAUUUCUUCCCAGUACUCUUGGUUGACUAUGAUACUUUUGCUUGUUCUUGGAUUCUUCAUAAUUCUCUCACUGUAUCUCGUGCUUCUGUUAAGAAUAAUCUAUUUGAGAGGUAGUGUUAAUUUUGGUCAAAAUUCAGUGUUUUUACUCAGGUUAUAGGCUCAGACAGUUUCCCCUGGAAGGCUGACAAAGGAAGGAGGGAAUGUGGGUCCCAGCUCAACCACAGAGCAUAAAAUAAGUAUAUGAAAAUGCUAAGUUGUCUUUUGCAUCCUUUUUGAAAUAUGAAAUGGCCAAAUACUGUGAAGUCAUGAGACAUGAGAACCCUCUGAUCCUGUUGGCAUGCCAAGCCCCCACUUUUUUAUGUCAAAUGCCAUGGUUGUUCAAAUGGGUGUUGCUUUCGAUAUGGUAUGAUAUUAAUAUGAGACGUGUGGAGGAUUGAUGAGUAUACGAUGAUUCCAUGGUCUCAUGUAUGCCUGGUCAAAACUCUACAUUCAGAAUUUGGACUUAUAUUAACUUCGGAAAUAUGUGCUGGGCCUGCUGUGGAAAAGGGAAAAUAAGGUUCAAAACAAGUAAGCUUUUGUUCUAUCCCUCUUUUCCAGCCAGAAUAUAUUGUGUUGUACCUUUACCUUUGAUAGGUGAAGAACUAUCAAAGAAGAGCCAACCUCAGUCCUUGCUAAUUAUUCAUUAUUUCUUAGUCAAUUGGAGAUUAUUUUUGGGAUAAUGCCAGAGCACCAGAAUUACUGAAUAAUGUGUCCCAGUUGAUCCCUUUUUAAAGAAUUCCUCACCUAUGCCCUUUGAAUAAUGUGUUGUAUAAUUUGGAGGCACAUUGAAGACUCUCCAUUUUCUCUCUCAGCAUUUCCCCAAGUAAAUCCUUGGGAUAGAUAGAUUGUUCAGUACCUAGUGUUAAAGCAACAAAAUUUAAUAGACAACUUUCAGAAUCUUUUUUAAUAUUCAUGAGAUUAUAAAGAACGUAUCUUUUGACAUUUAAAUUGUGGGAAACCUCUGUGGGCAUUUUGUGGUAAGAUAAUUGGGGGGUUAUUUGUACUUUUAAGAAAACAGAAAUACGUUUUAUGAAAUAUUGUGCAAAUGUAAACUACUGUUAUUAGGAAAAUAGAAACCAGUUUGGGACCACUGAAUUUCGAGUCAAAAGACCAAGGGUCAGAUCCUGGCUCCACCACUUAAAUCUACAUAACCUCUGGCAGGGCAUUUUGGGCCUUAGUUUCCUCAGUAAAAUGAAGGGGUUAGCCUAUAUCAGUAGCUCUUAACUCAUGGUCCUGGGACUGCUGGAGUCCUCGGGACUCUUUCAGGGGAUCCUUGAAUUCAUAAUAAUACUAAAACAUUUUAAUUUCAAAUACAGCAAAUAUCAAUAACCAGUGAGGUGCUGGAGCCAGCUCAAAUCAGCUCUCAAGAGCUUACUGUUAAUUUUCCAGUGUGACCACUUAAACCUUGGAAAUCAAUAAAUGUUACAAAUCAGGGACUGAUUUAUUGUUUUGUUGAUUAUCUAGAGUUAAGAAAGUGAUGGAGAAAAUGUUGAUAAUUCAAAUUAAACUAGAAAAUGUUCA